AAUCCUUGUUAUUACACACUAUCCUUGCUCUGUGUUGAACAUGGCUACAAGCCCCUUUCGAUAUUUUAUUUCCCUUUUUCUGCUUUUGCUCUGUUUCGAAGCCUGUUUGAGGGUGGGUGAUGCUAAAGUUGGGUGCAUAGAGAGGGAGAGACAGGCUCUCCUUCAGUUCAAACAAGGUGUUGUCGAUGACGAUGGAGUGCUUUCUUCAUGGGGGAAUGGGGAAGACAAAAGAGAUUGUUGCAAAUGGGCAGGAGUGGAGUGUAACAACCAGACGGGUCAUCUGAUCAGGCUUGAUCUUAAUGCUCUGCCUGAUGGAAUGGUUUUUCCCCAAUCUUUGAGAGGUAAGAUAUCUCAGCUUGGUCCUUCAUUGGCAGAGUUGCAGCACUUGAAGCAUUUGGACCUCAGCUAUAAUGAUUUUAAAGGAAUUCUUCCCACUCAACUCGGAAAUCUUUCCAAUUUGCAAUCCCUUGAUCUCGGCAAUAAUUAUGGGCAUAUGAGCUGUGAGAACCUUGACUGGCUUUCUCACCUUCCUUCGUUAACACACCUUGACUUGAGUGGGGUUAAUCUUAGUAAAGCAAUCCAUUGGCCCUAAGCAAUUAAUAAAAUGCCUUCCCUAACUGAGUUAUACUUGAGCCAUACUCAGCUUCCUCCGAUUAUUCCAACAAUAUCCAUUUCCCAUAUUAAUUCUUCCACUUCUCUUGCUGUGCUUGAUCUCUCCGAGAAUGAUCUCACUUCUUCAAUAUACCCAUGGUUGUUCAACUUCAGUAGCAGCCUUGUUCAUCUUGACCUCCUUUGGAAUGAUCUAAAUGGUUCAAUUCCGGAUGCUUUUGGAAACAUGACUACUCUGGCAUAUCUUGAUCUCUCUCGAAAUCAACUUGAAGGUGAGAUUCCGAAAUCCUUGACAGAUUUAUGUAAUUUACAGGAAUUAUGGUUGUUUCAUAACAAUCUCACUGGACUGAAGGAAAAAGAUUAUCUGGCCUGCCCUAAUCACACAUUAGAGGUUUUAGAUUUAUCUUAUAAUCAAUUGAAAGGGUCAUUUCCCGAUCUUUCUGGAUUUUCACAGUUGAGAGAAUUAGAUCUUGAAUUCAAUCAACUAAACGGAACUUUACCUGAAAGUAUUGGACAACUAGCUCAACUUCAAGUGUUGUCCAUUGCUUCAAAUUCAUUGCGAGGCACUGUCUCGGCAAACCACCUUUUUGGUCUCUCCAACCUGAUUUACUUAGACUUAUCUUUCAACUCCCUUACAUUCAACAUAAGCCUUGAGCAAGUUCCCCAAUUUCGAGCCUCAAGUAUAAUGUUGGCCUCUUGCAAAUUAGGCCCACGUUUUCCUAAUUGGCUUCAAACUCAAGAAGUUUUGGGCGAACUUGAUAUCUCUGCUUCUGGAAUUUCAGACGUCAUUCCCAAUUGGUUUUGGAAUUUAAGUUCAGAUUCACGAAGGUUAAACAUUUCCAACAAUCACAUCUCAGGGACUUUGCCCAAUUUAACUUCAUAUCCAUUUUUUGUGGGAAUGGAUAUGAGUUCAAAUUGCUUGGAAGGUUCAAUACCACAAUCUGUUUUCAAUGUUGGAUGGUUGGAUCUCUCCAAGAACUUGUUUUCAGGCUCAAUUUCUUUAUCGUGCGAGACUACUAAUCCGCCUAGUUUGGGUUUUUCUCAUCUUGACCUCUCAAAUAAUCGACUGUCGGGAGAACUACCCAAUUGUUGGGAGCAGCGGAAAGAUUUAAUUGUUCUUGAUUUGGCAAAUAAUAAUUUUUCUGGGAAAAUUAAAAAUUCGAUUGGCUUGUUACAACAGAUGCAAACAUUGCAUUUACGUAACAAUAGUUUUACUGGAGCACUGCCUUCGUCCUUAAAGAACUGCAGAGCUUUGCGUCUUAUAGAUUUGGGAAAAAAUAAAUUGUCAGGAAAAAUAACCGCAUGGAUGGGAGGAAGCCUGUCACAUUUGGUCGUUCUCAACCUAAGAUCUAAUGAAUUUAAUGGAAGCAUACCUUCAAGUCUUUGUCAACUGGAACGUAUUCAAAUGUUGGACCUCUCUAACAACAAUCUAUCAGGAAAGAUACCAAAAUGUCUCAAAAAUUUAACUGCCAUGGCUCAAAAAGGAAGUCAGGUCCUUUCUUACCGAUCAUUUUACGAUUCGAGUUUCGCAGAUUUCUAUGAUGAUAGUACAUUGGUUCAAUGGAAAGGAAAAGAACAAGAGUACAAGAAAACUCUUAGAUUCAUCAAGAGCAUUGAUUUUUCAAGAAACAAAUUAAUUGGUGAAAUUCCAAUAGAAGUAACUGAUUUGGUAGAAUUGGUGUCAUUGAAUUUAUCAAGAAACAACUUGAUUGGAUCAAUCCCUACAACAAUUGGUCAAUUGAAAUUAUUGGAUGUUCUUGAUCUAUCUCAAAACCAACUUAAUGGUAGAAUUCCGGAUACUCUUUCUCAAAUAGCCGAUCUAAGUGUUUUAGACCUAUCAAAUAACACCUUGUCAGGUAAAAUUCCAUUAGGCACUCAAUUACAAAGCUUUGAUGCCUCCACAUAUGAGGGAAAUCCUGGACUUUGUGGACCACCUCUUUUGAAAAGGUGUCCUGAAGAUGAACUUGGGGGAGUCUCCUUCACUAGUGGUCUUAGUAGUAAAAAAGAGGACAUUCAAGAUGAUGCAAAUAAUAUAUGGUUUUAUGGAAAUAUUGUUCUUGGAUUCAUCAUCGGAUUUUGGGAGUUUGCGGCACUUUACUAUUCAAUAGUUCAUGGAGAUAUGCCUAUUUCCAGUUGUUGAGCAAGAUAAAGGAUUGGUUGUACGUGACAACAAUAGUAAAUAUGAAUAGAAUACGAAGGAGCCUGCAAGGUUAAAUGGACUUCAGCUGGGUUGCAUCUCAAGGAUUAGUAGGUGAUAUAUGCUUUUGAAUAACGGGAGUAUUUAUGAUGGGAUAGUUACAUGCCUUAAUGCAAAAGCUUGCCAUCGGAUAAAUGACAUCGGCAUGUAUUAAGUUUGCUUAUUUGGUAGUUACCAUGGCUUUAAGUUUCUCGUGUUAUAUUCUAUUUAGAACUUUUUAAACAUUAAUUCUUGCUAUUAUAUGUACGACUUUGUAUUUUGUUGCUCUAAAAUUUAUUUGUUA